AUGAAACAAGAGGAUAAAAUAAAAAUGGUUAAAAAAUUAAAGGAUUAUCCAUCGAUACCAUCCACGCCACCUCCGAGUGAUAAAAAAGAUAAACAAAUUAAAAAUUUAGAAGAUGAAUUAGAACACGAAAGGAAAUACCUGUACACUUUAUGUAUUGAAAAUAAAGAGCUCGAAGAAAUUUUAACGAAUUUCGAUAAAGAAAUCAAUCAGAUAAAAAAUUCAUUUCCACAAAACGUCGGUAAGUUUAUAACUCUUUUAAAAUCUACUCCGGGAAAAAGAAUAUUCUAG